AUGUUCACAAGACGGUCGCAAACCGCACAAUUCACCUCAUAUCGCGAACGAGCGUUGCGCCGCCUCCGUAAUCAUGGGUUUCUCCGCACGAACCAGUUUGAGGUAGAGAAGACCUUGAAUGGGCUGGAGGAAACCUUUCGGGUGCACCAUCGUGAAGCUCUGGCGGACGCGCUGCGCGAUGGACUAGAUAGGUUAGACCCUGUCCCGGAAAAAUGGCGUCCCGACUUCCUUCAUCUCCUUCUCGAGCUCUCCGAUCGACCCCUGCAGAACACCAGCCUCGAUGAUCUUGACGCUCUUCGGCAGCCCGCACCAGAAGAUGGCCCGCAGCUUCGGUGGGAAGACAUUGCCAAGGAGGAUGGUUGGGAUGAUGACCCUGAUCUCUGGGCUUCCUUGCAGUAUGACGACUCGGGGAGUGAUAUUGAACAAGGUUAUCUAUCCGACACCGCCAGCGAUUCUCAUUCCUCUAGAUCCAACCAGUCUGAGGCCGAAGCCCCGGCACGAGUAGCAACCGAUUAUAUCACCGAAUCUCGGGAUGAUACGACGCUUGAAGAGCUCCAACGAGCCCAAGAGUGGAGAGCAUAUGCAACAACACAACCCUCUACGAGUCAGUCCCCAAAACCUACUGUUCCAGAACUUCAAGUAGUUCGCGAGGUCUUGUCGAUGCUCCGGGGGCAGAGAACAACCAUGUUCUCCAAAGAUUAUGAGCCCAACCUUGUGUUCCAGCUCGCCAACGUCUCGAGUGACGCGCCGAAUCUUUUCGAAUGCUUCCGCUACUACCUGCGCCCCAUGAGGCUCUGGAUGAGGGAAGGUGAACUAAUACCAGGAGACAAAAUUUUCUUUGUCUCCGAAUCGGCCACUCACGUACCCCUCAACCAGGUCUGGAAGGGCCAAUUCCGGCUCAGGCAGACUUCGGAUGGCGCCCUCAUCGUGAUUCUCAAACACCUAGGCAAGUACACUCCCGUACGGGAGGAUCUGGGCGGAGAAAACGAGCCCGCCUUUGAUUUCGACUCUGUGAUUUCGUCAGCUUCGGACCUUGCUCCCUUCACCGAGCUUUUCAACGACGUCUUUGAGCGCUGGGUUCGGAGCAAGCACCAGGCAACGGCUAUCAAUCUAAAACGCGUGCUCCUCGAGUCGUGCGGGCUGUCGACGGAUCUUGAGGUUUUGCAGCAACUCUACUUCAUGUCCGAUGGCUCUCUCGCAGAGGUCUUCUCCACCUCUCUCUUCAAGAAACUCGACGUGCUCAGCGCUGGCUGUCGAGAUAGGUAUACGUUGACCUCUCUAGCCCAGGAGGUUUACUCUCCCAGUAUUCCGCACCACCGGCUAUCCGUCGCGAUCACGCAACAAGGCCAUGGCAUACCUACCUCAGCUGCGCGGGACUUUGUUCGGAAGCUGCUGCCAACAAUCUCGCUCAGCUACAACGUCCGCUGGCCAGUGCAAAUGAUACUAGCCGAGGAGAGCAUAUCCCGGUACAAGGCCGUCUAUACCCUCCUUCUGCAGUUGCGCCGCGCAACCUACAUGUUAAAAAAGCACCGGAUUCUUGCCAACGACACGACCGACGGAGAUAACUGGGACGACCGGAGUGCUUACUACCUAGUACGUGCAAAGCUUCUCUGGUUUUGCAACACAUUUCACAGCUACCUGACAACCCUUGUGCUGGCUCCCAACUGCGCGAAACUGCGGCUAGAUCUAGAAUCUUCCCACGAUGUCGAUUCCAUGAUUGAGGUACAUCUUGCUUUCACAAAACAAGUGAUGGACGAGUGUUGCCUCGGAAGCAAGCUUGCGCCUAUUCGAGAAGCCAUCCUCGAUCUCGUUGAUUUGACGAUCCAGCUCGAGAAGGCCUACGUGCUCAACGCAAGGAGAGAAAAUGAGGAAAUGCAAGAGAUUUCCCGGCUUUCCUUCAUCACAUCGCCCCUCGUGCCCCAAUGCGAGCCACACCUGCGCGAUGACGAGGCAGCGCGUGCAUACCCUCCCGAUCACUACGAAAUCAAGACGUUUAGAGAGACGGUUUUGACGCUGCACUCGGCCUUUGACAAACAUUUGAGGUUUGUGACGGAAGGCUUGAGAGCUGUGGCGAGGGCAACGGGUCACUCGGCAGGGGUCAAAUGGGACAUCUUGGCAGAAAUGCUCGAGUCUGGAACUAUGGGCACUAGAUUCCAAGGCUGGGCGUAG